CAAUAGAAAAUAUUCAUUCUUCAUGGUAUCAGAGCCCUAAUUUCUCACGGCUUCCCUUCCCUCUUCUCCCUCUUGAGUUUCGGCCAAGCCUUCAACUCCAACCCCUCGUCGGAUUCUUCUCCCUCCGGCAACCAUGGCCGACACCGCCUCCUCCGGCAAAGUCCCCAACAACAACGAAACCUCUCUCCCAAAUAAUUCUCCUCAUCUUGCCUUCACCACCAUCUCCAACAUCAAACUUCAUAUCCCAGUUCAACUUAGUCUCUCCGAACCAAAUUAUAAAAAGUGGAGUCGAUUAUUUCGUCUCUUGAUCCUCCGCUUCAAUCUCAAAGGUUUCAUCGACGGCACCACCAUAGCCUCCUCUGCAGACGAUGCUGAAUGGUAUCAAUUUGAUGCCUUAAUUCAGGGAUGGAUUCUGUCUACAAUCACGGAUGAAGUCUCUGAUCUUGUGCUUGCCAACAAUCUCUCUGCUCAUGCCCUAUGGACGGCGAUCUACAAUCUUUCUCACGACAAUAAGCAUGCCCGGGCGAUGCAACUGGAGCAUCGUUUCCGUACAACUAUGAAGGGGCAACUCUCCAUCAACGAAUAUUGUCGCCUUCUCAAGAACCUCUCCGAGUACCUUGACGAUGUGGAUGCUCGUGUCACCGAACAUGCCCUUGUCCUCCAAGUCCUUCAAGGACAAAUUGACGGGAGCCGUGAUUCAUCGAUCCAAUAGUGACGGACCUCUCUACCCCAUCUCCCAAGCGCCCUCCACCGCACACCUCAACUUGGCCCAAGUCGACCUCUCUACCUGGCACCGACGGCUUGGACACCCCAGCCCUGCUGUUCUCCAUGGCGUGUCGUCUUCUUUAGCUAGUUUUUCUAAAUCAAAAUUAGAUUUUUUAUGUCAUGCAUGUCAAUUAGGCAAACAUGUACGCCUUCCUUUUCAGUCCUCUAGCCGUAUUUCAACUUUUCCAUUUCAAUUAAUGCACACUGAUUUA